GAAAAUGGCCAAAUCAUAUUGCACGACCCAAACGGAAUGUUUGCUCCGCGGCGCUUGUCUGCAUGCAACAGCCGCCUGCUAUAUCUGGCAUUAAUCAACAACGUUAACAGCGCCAAAAGUAGCAACACCAACAACACAUCGACUCCUUGCACUUUAUCAGGCCUGUUGACCAUUUCUGAAUAGCUGCAGAGGUCGCCACGACCAAUGAUAUUGCACCAUGUCUCUCUUUUUUGUUAUCCGGGUAACCAGAUAAUUCAUGCCGACUCAAAGCAGAUAAAGUUGGUUCGGUAUUCGUACUUAACCCCUCAAAGCCAACCAAUAUGUUUCUCUCUCUACAUUCCUUGUGGGCUUUUGCAACCUUUUGACAAAAAACUGAAGAGAGAAAGGUUAUAGGGUCAGCAACUCUAUCAGUUACUGCAUAACCCAGGCAAUCAUCGUGAGAAUGGGAACAGUCAAACUGCACAAUUUCAAGGGGUGGCUGUCAUCAAUAAUACUGGCCUACUACCUAUUUACUCUCCAACACGCCCGAGUUGCUGCCCAGGCCACAAUCCAGGAUGUCAUGUGGAAUAUGCCCAACGGAAGAGCCCCAAGAUUCUCUCAGACAUUCACAACAGGGCAGACCAUUCCCAUCUCUUGGAAUCCAUAUAAUGGCACCAUGGUUGAUCUGUGGCUGACCCCAUUCGAUCCGGAUAUUGGUGUUGAGUUUUCAUUGCUCAUCAAGCAAGGCAUAGAUCUGAGCAAGCGUAGCCCUGACCACCUGUGGACGAUCGAGGGGAUUCCCCUGGAUGUGCUUCGCCGCACGCCCAAGUUCGUCCUACGAUUCACGCCCGAGCAAAAGGGCAGCGAUCCCAAAUUUAAUAGGGAAGAUCCAGAGCUCAGCAGCAAAGGCUUCCUUAUUGUGCAAGGAGCCGAGAAAGGAAUCAAGGCCAGCACCACAGAGAUGACAACAGACUCGCGGGCCACAGAGACAGCCGUAUCAUCCGCAACCACAUCUCAGCUCACGCCUACACCCACGAAUCCCCCACCGCCUGAGGAUACCGAUGGCCAGCCGGCUAUUAUCAACAGCGAGAACCAGGCAGAACUUGGCAUGGGGUCCAUCGUCGGCAUAGCAGUCGGUUCUCUUGCUGCACUGACCCUUUCUGUCGGGCUUACAGUCUGGUGCUUAUGCUUCCGGCGGCGUGGAACUGUAGGAAAGACACAGCUCCAAAGGGGCGAGGGCGUGAGUAGGGAGUACAUGAUCUCACCGCCAAGGGGUCAUGGAAGUGACACUUUCCAUCUCGACCAAUCUAAAACCGAGGACAUUAGGCUGUCCGAGUUGACAACGGCAAGACCGACUGUAGAGCUGGAGGACAAAUAUUAUACGUCCAAGUCGGGGGUGGGGCCAGAGACGUACGGACGAGCUGAGUUAUACGCGGGAUGAAGUUGAUUGCAUUUCUCGGAGGGGGGACAUGUUUGAGGUUGCAUUGAAAUCACAUGUUGUAGCACCAGGAAGUGAAUAACGAUGGUAUUGCAUAAGAAGUAGUAGCGGACCCAAGUCUACGUAGGUACCUGGUAGGUAUGUAGGUUAUCGCAGUUAAGGUAUGUAAUGGAAUUGGGCACCACCAGAUCACACAAUCUCCCUGCCGACCGAUGGCUGGGCCGUAUUACCUAAG